AUGUCAUAUAGCCAAUUGUUCAAUACUCCAAAAAAUACACAUAACCGAGCAGCUUCGAUGCCCAGCUUAGAAAUUUCUCCAAGUGGUCCAUUAUCUCCUCUCAGUAUAGAAACAUCAAUUUCCCACUCAAAAAAAAACUCUCCAAAAUUAUCUCCCCGCAUGCUUAAAAAAUACCUCAACGAAAUUUCCUCCAUCAACGAUUCAGCCACUACUCUUACUUCUCCAAAAAGUACUGCAAUUCCUAACACCUCACAAAAUAUCAGCUUUUAUCCAGCUCCUAAACUAAAAACCAAAAAAAAAUCAAGAAAAAUUCCAAAAUCUCCAGGCAAAGAUAUAAUAAAACUAUCGUCUGAAAUCCCAAAACCUUAUUUUCACUCUCGACAAAGCACAAGAAACUUUUCCUUAAUUGGACACAGAAGAACAGCUUCAUCCUUAUCUUUAGAUAAUGUUAGCGAGACAGUUAAAGACUUUAUUGAUUUUUUCAAAAAUACACAUUCAUCAUCAGGCAGAAACGACACUGAAAAUAUAUCACUUCGGCAAAGACUAUAUAAGAUGAUGAAAGAAAACCCAGGAGAACUUUAUAGGAUCGUAAAUGAGCCGAAUUAUACUUAACUUAACUUAAUAUUUACAGGCGUCUGCCGUAGUGUUAACGCAGUCACCAAGGACCCAGUAUUAGGGUUCACCUGCUUUGUGGCAUAGUCCAAACUGGCCAUAUAAACCAGUUACCAGGACAUACGCCUCCUCCUUCCCACGGUUUCCCGUGGCUUAGUGUUGAGUGGGCGGGCUAUGGGCUUCUGCGGCUGCUGCUUGAGUACGAGAGUUGGCUUUCCGAAAUUCCAAAAAAUGGAAUUUCUGGUCACCUUUCGGCAGAAAGGAAAAUUCCAAGUCCUGGGACGUAACGCCCAGUUUCACGCUAGGUAAUUGCCCGAAUGGUCUAGGCGUUGCCUGUAGACUCUGCUGGGCUUACCCUUUCCAAACCCGGACUCCCUUUCCUCUCGAGGAGAAAAACCAUUCUGGUCAUUGAGCAUGGGCCAGGCUCUGCACUGCAGAAUUGCUUACCAUGGCAUUUUUGCUCAUGUCUGGAAUGGCAAAACCUUCCCGGAUAUAAUUAAAAUAUGAGUCGAGUAUGUAUGGCCGUGAGGUCAUACCCAGACGAAGACACCAUAUUUUAAUUAUGAGCCGAAUUAUACAGCAGUUCAGCAAAAAAAAGAAAUUGACAAUCUUUUACACGGAGAAGUAUUGUGAUCAGAAGAGCAUGAAAAUGCAUUUAAAACCUUGCUAAGAAAGACACAUUCUUUUAAUUCAAUGGCUAAAACUAGGCUGUUUAAAGAGCUGGAAAAGCACUUGCCUGACUUAAGGACUGUCCAUAACCAAGAAUGAAACCAUGAUAAGCGAUCUCCAUGGGAAGUUGACAUAGAUUAUCAUCAGGAGUCAUUUUAUAAGCAAGAAAAAGACGAUGUUUUUUCAAAAAAGAAAAAACAGUCCAUUUCAAACAUUAAAAGAAGGGACUCAAAAGUAAAUUCUAAUGGAGAACCUGAUAAAACUCCAUUUAUAAAAACACAGAAAACCAAUGAAAUAAUGUGGAAACGAAAAGAGUUUAAAGACUACUUGGCUGGGAAAGAUUUGGUGGACCAGUUCGAAACAAAUAAAGAACAGUUUGAUAAUGCAAAAAUCAAAUUAGCUGAGCAUAUCAUAAAUAAAUGCCAACUUGACGUUAAACAUUUAAACCAACAGAGAUAUGCUUAUUUAUCAGCUAAAAUUGCAAGCCAAAGAGCAAACACUCAAUUAAGCAAAACACUUUUAGAUGAAGCUGAGCAGAAAAGACAAGAACUAAGAAAGCGACAAAUCGAUUUUCUAAUCCUAAUCAGCUUAAUUUAACUCAAACUCUAUAUGCACAGCUUCACUGAGUAGCAUUUUUCUCCAUCUCAGCACUACUUUCGAACCAAUUGUGGCUCCACAUAACGACUGAUCUUCUUUAUCUUGUGAAGCUAUUUGAGAAUCCAGAAGUACUGAAAGUAUAGGGGUUUGGAAUAUUUCCCCACUCAAUCCGAUUUUCCUUCAGCACUUGCUAGGCUAAGGGCACUGACUUUUAUAUCCGCAAGUGAAAGAAGAAAUAUGAUGCACAAAGGAUAUGGGGGUAAAAUAAUUCCAAAAAUUUACCCCCUUGUGUAUAAGUCAUAUCAAAAAACCUAACUCUAUAAUAAAAUUUGGCUUCGAUUGAAAAUGUUAAUAAUCCUCUUCAAAAUUUUAUUCCUAUUAUUAUAACAAAAAUCAAUUUUCAAAGGACUCUUACCUAUUAUAAAGCUCUCGUAAGAAAACAAUAUGGAGAGAAAUAUGUUGUAAACCAUAGAAGGCAGCUUAUAAAUACUUCUCAUCCGAUAAACCAUGCAGAGUUCAAAAGUGACAUGAUUAAGCUUGGAUUUUUAUCAUGUGAAGAAGCCCAAGCUAAGCCUUCGAUAGCGACUUCGCCUUCAUCAAGAUACGUUUGAAACAAAAAAGUAGAUUUAAACUCAGAAAGCUUAAAAAAUGUCUCAGCUUGAAACCGAAAAGAAAUCACAAAUAAAAACAGCCAAAAAAAGCAUGUCGACUAUGAUGCUGUUGCAAAAAGAUUGCAAGCGUUUGUUAGAGGCGUUAGAGUUAGAAGGGAGCUGAAGAAACAACUUAAAGCUGUCGUUUUGUGGCAGAAGGCAUUUAGAAGAUAUAGAGCAAAAAAGCUGUUUCUUAAGUGUAUAAUCCAGGAGCAGCUUAAAGGUGGCAAAAAAAGUAUCAGUGUGCUAUUAAGCAGAUAUAGAAGUUCGUACCUAUACAAAAAAAUCCUUACUCCCCCCCAUCCUUGAUCGAACGACUCGCCAUCGUUCGAUCAAGGAUGGGGGUUAAAAAAACUUUUUUUGGGAAAAAAAUUUUAUAUAUAAAAAUGAAAAAAUUAUAGAAACCUCCUUGGAGUGGCGCUGCAAGCGCAGGCCACUCCAUGCGGAAUUCAUGGGUUGGUCGAACCAACGCACAGUUUUGGUUCGACCAACUCCUAUGUUGGUUAAACCAACACAGGAAUUCCGCAUGGAGUGGCCUGCGCUUGCAGCGCCACUCCAAGAAAAGAAGUAUAUAUAUAUAUUUUUUUUUAUUUACUUUGAAUAAGAGGGUUAAGAGUAUUUAAUAAUUAUUUUUACAGCAAAAAAGUUGAAUUAAUUUCAUAAAAAUACCAAUUUUUAAUAUUUUGAUUUAUUAGUUACCCUUUUAAACUGUAUAAAUUUUAAUUUAAAUUAAUUUUUUUUUAAAAAUUUUAAAGAAAUCUCUAUUUUAUUAGAUUAUUGAGUUUUUAAGCCUAGGUUGAUGUCUAAAUCACUUCGGAUUGUUGAUUUCGCAGCUUGCUGUCGUCUCAAAGCUCUGAAAACAACUUCAUUAGGCACAUCUUCCAAAGCAUUUGAUAACUAAUAUUUUUUAUAUAUAUAUAAAAAUUUGCAUGAUAUGAAAAUCGUUCGAUCAAGGAUGGGGGUUAAUUUCCCCAAUUUUUAGGAAUUUUUACAGUCAAUCGUUCGAUCAAGGAUGGGGGGGAGUUACUGAAAUCAAGAAAUAAAACGGUGAUGUUAAAGGAAAUUGGACUCCAGGUGUAGUAUCUAUUGAGCAGGUAGGACCCAUACUUAUGAACUGAAAAACGGGGCCUCUGUCACUUUUGAGAUAGGGAAUUUUUGUUUCAUCGUGAAAGUUUUCCUGUCCUGAAGGAUAGACUGGAGACUGACAUUUUGGAACUGAUAAAAGCCAAAGGCUCGUGGCUAGUCCACUUAUGGAAAAUUAAUUUUUAACUUACCGAAAUCAUUGAGUCUUCAAAAUCAAAACAUAAACGUAUUCCAAAGAGCAGUUCAGGAGAAAUCACAAAAAUUAUUGAACCAGACGCUUCUGGAUCUAAGUUUUUAUCUGAUUCACCUAAAGAGCCAGAAUUAAAAAGAGCAUCUUCUAUUAGCAGCAGUGUAAAAAUUAUAAAAAUUGGCCCAAAUACAAGUGACAGCAUUUCAAGUAAAUUUAUUUCUGAAGAAAUUCUUGACUUAAGGCAGCAGCUGUAUCGAUCAAGGGCUGAAAUGUGGAAAUGGUUCAUAUGCAAGCAUCUAAAAAUGGUAAUCCCAGAUAAAGAUUUUAUAGCCUUGAUGAAUCCUAAAGGAGAUUUUAUAAGAAACUGAGUUCUUCCAAAUGUCAUGGACUGUGAUGAAAGACUCAACAAGCUUGUUCCAGGAUAUAUGAGUCCUAAAACACUUACUGGGCAGAAAAAAGAAAGAACUAUUUCUAUGCUGAGAGCAGAAAUUAGUGUUGCGAGAGAGACUAGAGAUAAGUUUAUAAAGGAGACAAAUUUAAACCCAGAUGAAAUGGUAAUAAAUUCUGAUCUGAUACUUGAUCAAGUUGCAGAUAUCGCCAUAUGUUUAGCAGUACCUGAAGAUAUUGACUCUGAUAUGUAAGCUAUGCUAGAUCAAAUUUUGCAAUGGUCUCUUGAUAUAUAAACUAUUAUAACAAAAUAGCAAAAUAUCAUAGAAUUUGUAGAUAAUAAUUAAUUGCUGUAUAAAUGUUAUUUAGAAUCGUAAAAUCUCUAUUGAAGAUUAUUCUUCCUGAAGAGCAAGCACUGCUUGUGCCUUUAAUGAUGAAUGAAGAAGCUCAAAAAGCUCUGGUUCUGUUUUAUAGAAGAAGUGUCCGAGUAAAAACUAUGGCCAUAUAA